AUGUCUCUGGAAAAUUUAAAAACACAGAGAAGAUCUGUGAAAUCUUCUAUUACCAGAAUGAAUAACUGGAUAACUUCCCAUUCUACUGUUACAAAUGAAACUGCAUUUAUGAAUGAAUGUAUAGACAGACGCGACAAGCUUGAAAAGUAUUUCUUACAAUAUGAAAAUAUUCAAGGUCAAAUUGAAAUGCUUAUUGAAAACUCUCAGGAUGAAUUAUCAGAUAACGAAGACAUAGACUUAGUUGAGAAAAAAUACUUCACAACUAAUUCUGAACUAUCUAGAAUGAUUGAUGAAUUGACAUCGAACGAUAAUUCAAACUCUCAGAGUCAAACUAAUAAUAAUUCUUCCCUUUCUAACGAGCCCUUGCAAUUGAUAGACGAUCUAGAACUUUGUGAUGACAAUUUUCAAAUAGCUAUAGAUACUUUAAAACAAAGGUAUGAUGAUCAAAGUGUUCUACUGUAUAACUUAAUUGAUCAAAUAUACCAACAAAAACCUGUGAGCAAAACUUGCCCUACGCUUUUACGUGAAAUAACGGCUAAAAUUGAUAAAUAUAAAUUCAUACAUUCGAAUAAUCUCUGUAAAAACUGUCUAGGAAGUCGCCACAUCACAAGGGAUUGUAAAUCUCUAAAAUCUUGUUCAAUAUGUCAAAAAAGACAUCAUACUUAUCUCCAUUCUGACUCUUUCCGUGCAAAUGAUAAUGCACAUAAUAAUAAUAAUGGUUCUAUUUCCCAAAACCGUUAUAACAACUCACAAUCUAUUCACUCCAAUGUACAUACGACAAAUGGUCACACCAAAUCGAUAAAUAAUCGAAAUAAUAACUUUAAUCGUCAAAUUGACGAAAAUUCACAUUCUCACCAGGCUACUGAUAAUCGACAAAAUCCUUCUAGACCACAGAAGAAUUAUAAUAAUGCUGAAACCAACGAAAACUCACAAGAUAAUAAUUCUAACGUAUCUGCUAUACAAAUACAAUCCUUAUCUGCUCUAUCCACUGAAUGCCACGUGCUUCUAGCUACGGCUAAAAUAAUUAUGUAUGACUCUCACAAUAACCCAUUUAAAACUACUAUUCUGCUAGACAACGGUUCCCAAAAACUCAUUUGUUUCACAAGAACUAGUAAAUAA